CUGGGUAACAAAAAUGCUGAGAUAUGAAUUAAGGCAAACAGUCAAAGGCAUAUCUCCCUGCUGUUAACACCCCAAGGCAUUGACUCUCAGCUGUAUAAAAGGGCUUGGACUCUCGCUUUGAUCCACUCGAGUCAGAGAAGAUCCCGAUUCAGGCUUUUGGAGAAAAUGGAUCUGACUGUGACUACUCUGAUCAUUACAAUUAGCUUUGUCAUCUUAUCUUUCACCAGCCUUGUUCAUAAAAAGCUUAAGGGGGGAAAGCACCCGAAAAGUUUGCCUUCCUUCCCAUUCAUUGGUAGCCUGCUUAGCCUGAGGAGCAACCUUCCUGUUCACCUGCUCUAUCAGCGUUUCCAGAAGGACUAUGGCGAUCUCUUCUCCCUGAUGAUGGGUCCUCAGUAUACGGUAGUGAUCAAUCACUAUCGGUAUGCCAAGGAGGUCCUCACUAAAAAGGGCAAGUUCUUUGCGGGGAGACCCAACAUGGUGACAACAGACCUGCUCAGUAAAGAUGGGAAAGGCAUUGCAUUUGCAAAUUUCAGCCCAACCUGGAGGUUUUACAGAAAGCUCGUUCAUUCACAUCUCUACACAGUUAAGAGUGGGAAGGAGACUCUUGAGGAAACAAUUGGCAAAGAAGUCGCUUCGACUUGCUCCAAAUUUGAACAGCUUGUUGGCUCACCAAUGGACAUAAUGAUCGAGGUGGUAUGGUUUCUCUCAAACGUGGUUGGCAAGCUGUGUUUCAACUCAGCCCAUGACAGAGAUGACCCAGAGUUCCUGAAGGUCCUCGAGUAUAAGCAAGGAAUUGUGGAAAAUGUGGGAGGAUAUCACCUAGUGGACAUCUUCCCCUGGCUAAAGUAUUUUCCCAAUGAGACUCUUCAGGUCCUGAAACGAUCCCUUGCAAUUCGAGAAAGUAUCUUAAUGAAGAAAUUUGAAGAGCACAAGGCAAACUUUAAGAGCGACUCUGUAAAGGACUUGAUCGACGCUCUGCUGAAAGCUCAGGAGAAUGCCAAGACCAACAGUCUGCUUCCUGCGCCACAGCUGACUGACGACCACUUGAUGACGACAGUGGGAGAAGUAUAUGGAGCCGGGAUGGAGACCACGUCCAUCACCUUUACCUGGGUCUUUUUUUACUUGAUUCUGCAUCCUGAGAUACAAACUAAAAUACAAGAGGAAAUCGACAACAAUAUUGGGUUUGAGAGAACUCCUAAAUUAAGUGAUAAAAAAAACAUGCAUUUUCUGAAUGCGACCAUCAGUGAAACCCUGAGGAUCCAACCUGUGUCACCUCUCCUCAUCCCUCACAUGGCAUUAGUGGACACCAGCAUCGGUGGCUACGCAAUCCCCAAAGGCACUCAGGUGACCAUCAACCUCUGGGCUAUUCACCAUGACGAGAAGGAGUGGAAGAAUCCAGAUGUCUUUGAUCCAACCCGCUUUCUGAACAGAGAGGGCAAAUAUAUCCACUCUCCUUCGCCAAGUUUCAUGCCUUUCAGUGCCGGUCCCAGGAUUUGUGUUGGAGAGGUUCUCACCAAGAUGCAACUUUUCCUCUUCUUUGCGACCUUCCUUCAGCGCUUCUCUGUUGAAUUCCCCCCUGGGCUGCAGCUGACUGACCUGAAAAGAAAAUUCGGGAUUGUCCAGCAGCCAGAAGACUUCAAACUUCAGUUCAAGUCCAGGAGGAAGUGGAGAGGUUGCACGCCCUAAGAUAACAGCGGUGGGCCACACUGACCAGUGACAUUACUUACUGUGAAGGAGUGAUGAAAGUUAUUGUAAACCAGUGACCCCUCUGCUGAAUGUAACCAUUUACACUUUGUAUAAGAUUAAAGUGACUUCACAACUGUU